AUGCAAGCACUUUGCUUUUCUGCAGAGUUGUCCAAGUUCCUCGCUUUGGCACAGCUGGACGGCACCAGACGUUUGUACGAAUCCAGAUGGAGACUGUACAUUGAUUGGUGUGACGGAAGGGAGAUUGAUCAUCUCAGUCCCUCUAUUAGCAAGGUUGUGUUGUUGGACGAGUGCAGUCAGAUGACAGAACCCACAUCUUUGCUACCCAUUGCCAGAUUUGAAUGUGAGAAAUUGAUACUUGUGGGAGAUCCCAAGCAGUUGAAUCCAACCAUACAGGGAUCAGAACCAUUGCACAAAUCAGGUCUACAACAAACAUUAUUUGACAGGUUCAUUCAAAUGGGUCAUGAACCAACAUUGCUGCGAACUCAAUACAGAUGUCAUCCAAAUAUCAGUGCUAUUGCAAAUGAUUUAUUUUAUGAUAAUCAAUUGAUAAAUGGAGUGUCAGAGAAAGACAGACAGCCAUUGGCGGAUAUUUUCCCCACUCUGUGUUUUUAUAAUGUAGCUGAUGGUAAGGAACUAUGUGGAAAUGUUGGUAGUUAUUAUAAUGAUCAAGAAGCUGAGUUUGUAGUGUUAUUAAUAGAAGCGUUGGUGUAUCAUGGGGUAGAUCCUAAAUAUAUUGGUGUCAUUACACUGUAUAAAGCACAGUUAUCAAGAAUAAGUCUUCAUUUACAAGCCAGCAAGGUGAAAGUAGCUCGUACCCGAGCUCCUCGAACAGUUACUACAAAAGACGUUGUCGAUGUAUUGAGUGAGGUGUCCUGCGUUAGCCACACGGGUUCAAAGCAGAGGAGUUCAUCUUUAGACGAUGAUCAGUCAAGUCCAGGCUACGAGCCGAUUUACAAGUACAAGGAAGAAGAUCGCGAGUUUGCCAGAGAUCCCUUGGAGCAGGCUGAGUUAAUUUCCAGUAUAGAGGAUGUUUAUUUCAGUGAUGACAGUUUUGACUCUUCUCGAUACGAGCUUAAGAAACUGGACAGUACACAACCUAUUGAUUUAGAUAAGAUGGAUGAAGACAGAGAUGUGCUAAGAAAACAGUUACAGGCAGUAUCUAAAAAAGUAUCGGAUCUUGUAUUGGAAAACCAAUCUGCAUAUGUCAAGGAGCUGCAAAGAGUGAUGGAGUUGCAGACAAAUUUACAGACAGCAAAUGUGAUAUGUGCAAAUGGUAGAAGACAACUGUCACUGGCUAAGAAAGACUUUACCGUAGCAUCUUUAAGUAUUUUAUCUAAUCACAGAAAACGAUUACAGCUAGUCAGCUUGAUGAGAUCGCUUCAUACAAUUAAAACAUUGCAAAGGACAGAUAUCAGGUUACGUGAAAUGAUGGAGGAGGAAGACUACCCUGGAGCGAUCCAGUUAUGUUUAGAAUGUCAAAAAGCUGCCAGUACGUUUAAACAUUUCACAUGCAUAAGUGAAUUGAAUUCCAAACUUCAAGAUACAUUAGAAAUGAUAGAGGAGCAACUUGAUCAAGCUCUUGCUAAGACAUGUUUAAACUUUGAUACACAUCAUUAUAACAAAGUCCAGACAGCUUACAGACUGCUGGGAAAAACACAGACAGCAAUGGAUCAACUCCAUAUGCAUUUUACUAGUGCAAUACACAAUACAGCAUUUACUAUCGUGUUAGGAUAUGUAGAGCUAUGUGCAGGAAGUGACAAUACUAAUUUUCAGAAGAUGCCGUACAGGGAUCUUUGUGGGCAUAUCACUGUGGAUACGUACAUCCCGUGCCUCGUGAAUUUGUGCAAAGCAUUGUGGGAAGUCAUGAUGAGUUACCAUAAGACCAUAGAUUGGCACGAGAGGUUUGACCCUGCCGCACAGCAAAAAGAAAGUUCUGGGCGUGUUCUGGGGAGUAAGUUAACAACAACACUGAAAAGAAUAGAAGACAAUUUAAUACAACAAUCAGUUGUACCUGGCCCAUCACAGCUUGGUGCCCCCAAUACAGAUGAAAAGAAUACAAAGGUCAAGUUUCCAUAUCCUCAUUUGUCUCCUGUUGUUGAGAUGACUGAUCUGAAUAAAUUGUUUGGCUUGUCGGAAAGAAUGGUAGCGACAGAGUCUUUAUUAUUUUUAUCUGAGCAGUUUCAGUUUUUACAGUCACAUUUAGAAUCAAUGAUACCACCAUCAAAGAAACCAUUUUUACAGCAAUUUUAUUCACAGACUGUCAUCGUAGCACACGAGUUACGAAUUCCUGUGUAUAGAAGCGUGGCCACCAAAGCGAUUGACUUUGAACAGAUGAUUCAGAUGAUGACUAAUGUGAGAUGGGAUAUCAAAGAAAUCAUGUCACAACACAAUCCAUAUGUGGAUUGGUUACUGCAGGAACUUCAGUUAUUUGAUUUAAGGAUCCAGGAAGUAGCUAGGAAAGUUCCUCUGCCUCAGCCUGUCUAUUAUAUUCUAUGGGAACAUGUGAUAAGACUGUCAAACUGGACGUUUGUAGAGGGAUUUGCUUGUGCUAAGAAAUGCAGCAAUGAAGGCAGGGCACUGAUGCAGUUGGAUUUCCAACAGUUUUUAAUGAAAUUAGAAAAACUCACAGACAUUAGACCCAUACCUGACAGGGAAUAUGUAGAAACAUACAUAAAAGCAUUUUAUUUGACAGAAAAUGAUAUGGAACAAUGGAUCAGAGACCAUAGGGAAUACUCCACUAAACAACUGACUAGUCUGGUUACCAGUGGAGUGACAUCACUCUUCCAGAAGAAGUCAAGACAGAAGUUAGUACAAGUUAUUGAAGAAAUCGAUCGACUAAGGAGGUGA